AGAGAAAACUUUUUGAACUCUCCACCUCCCCCUCCCAACAACACCAAUACACCACCGGCCGCGACGGCGGAGCCGUACAACAGCACGCCGACGGACAGCACGUUCGACGCCAACGUGGUGAUGGUCCUCUCCGUCCUCCUCUGCGCGCUGAUCUGCUCCCUGGGCCUCAACUCCAUCAUCCGCUGCGCGCUCCGGUGCUCCAACCUGGUCGCCGCCGACCAGUCCCCCGGCGCCGCCGGCGCCGCGGCGGCGGCGAGGCUGGCCAACACCGGGAUCAAGAAGAAGGCGCUCAAGACCUUCCCCACCGUCAGCUUCUCCGACCAGCUGAACCUCCCCGGGCUCGACGCCGAGUGCGUCAUCUGCCUGUCGGAGUUCGCCGCCGGCGAGCGGGUCAAGAUCCUGCCCAAGUGCAACCACGGCUUCCACGUCAAGUGCAUCGACAAGUGGCUUGGCUCCCACUCUUCCUGCCCGACUUGCCGACACUGCCUCAUCGAGACCUGCCAGAAAAUCGUCGGCUGCUCGGCGCCGGCACCGGCGGCCGUGGCAGCAGCUCCGGUGACUGUGGUGGUGGCAGAGGUCGAUACCGCGGGUUCCUCUUCUACUCCUCCUCCUCCUUCUACUUCCACUUCUACUCCCACUCCUCUUCCGCAGCCAUCAGUAUCGAUUCCAGAAGCGGCGGCGGCGGCGGCGGCGGCAACCGUGGCGCCGGCGGGGGAAGUCGUUAUCAGCAUGCCGCCGAUGGAGGCAGAGGGUUUGGUACGAGGAUACAGAGGAGAUAGCUAA